AUGCCAAAAUUUCGAAUGCUUCCACGUACCUCACAGAUCGUGGCAUUAUGUUCCGCUGCAAAUUUCAUAAACGCGGCAGAUCGCGUUAUAAUGCCUAUAGCAAUCGUUCGUAUGACUGACGAAUAUAAGUGGAAUUUACAUUGGCAAGGCUGGAUACUUUCUGCUUUCGCCUUUGGUUAUUUUACUAGUCAGAUUAUUGGUGCAAAUACAGCAAGUCGUUUUGGGUGUAAAACUGUAUUAAUGUUGGCUGUUUUGCUGUGGUCUAUUAGCACAGUUAUAACUCCAAUAUUGGCUCAAUCAGUUCCACUGCUCAUUAUCUGUAGAGUAGUUCUCGGACUUGGAGAAGGCCUAGGUCUACCAGUCAUUUUCCAUUUAUUUGCACACAAUGUUCCUGUGGAGGAACGAUCUAGAGCAUUUGGGUAUCUUGUAGCAGCUGGUUCUGUUGGACAAGUAGUUGCAUCUGUUUUGUGUCCACGUAUGUCAUGGCAAGCAGGAUUUUAUUUGUUUGGAUCAUUUGGUAUUGUAUGGACACUUUUGUGGCUAAUAUUAUAUCAUGAAACUAAUUCUCAAGAUGAAAUUCCAUUGUUUGUACCUAAGGUAACUCAAAAUAGAAGUUUGCGGUGGACUGAAUUUAUUUCAUAUUGGCCUUUAUGGGCAUUGUACAUAGCACAUUUUGCAAUGAAUUGGAGCAAUUACAUAAUAAUGCAGUGGUUGCCAACAUACCUAGCAAGAAAUCUUUCUGCUAAUACAGAAAGUAUUAGUCUGACAGCACUUCCAUAUAUUGUGAAUUCUCUUGUUGGUAUUGUCGCUGGUCACAGUGCUGAUAAUCUCAUACAGAAAAGAUGGUCAAUCCUGUCUGUGAGAAGGUUAAUGACAAAUAUAGGCCUAGUUGGUCCGGGUGCAUUUUUACUUGCAUUCUGUGCCGUGGAUAAUUUACUUGCUGCAGUGAUCUUUGUUUCGAUAUCUAUGGGACUCUGCGCGUGUAACUCUGCGGGUCACCUUAGUAACCAUGCGGAUAUUGCACCAAACCAUGCGGGAAUCACAUUUGCUGUUUCAAAUACUAUCGCAACCAUACCGGGUAUUUUGUGUGGUCCGUUAACGGCCGAAUUAGUGACCGCGUCGCACGGUCGUUGGAUGCCUGUUUUCGUGUUGGCUGCAGCGAUCAAUUUCACAGGGGCCAUUAUAUACCAAAGUCACAGCUCUGCACUUCCAGUAUUGUGAUAUGUUGUGACUGAAAGCGAGCUUGCAAGUGGUUAUCAUCAAAGUCAACGAAGCAACGUAAUCGAUAAAGACUUGCUACGUAAACGUACCUUUUACGAUCGUGAUCGCUGGACGCGAUUUUUACCGAAAAUUUUAACCAUUUAUUAAAGCAUCAAUAUGGCACGUUUACACAUCACACGUCGAUCAGUUGAAGACAUAUCAAAGUACUGGGCAUAUACACUGCGAGAGAUGUUUUCAUAUAUUCUUGUCGUUCGGUUUAGUUUACACC